CUGGUCAUAUAUAUUAUACACUUCAGUAGCCAAGAAGAUAAGACUGCUGAUUAUAGGGGAGUGGAGUUCUUCUACAGGGAAGGUACACAAAGGGUUAAGCUGACACCUGCACAGGAAUGUCAUACAGCCCCAGUCAGUGGCAGGGAAGAGCCGGCCGGUCCGCACACACCUUACCCCCCCGCGCUGAGCACUAAUAGCAGCGUCCUUCAUAUUAUUCUGCGUUUAUGGAUCAGCUCAUUUUAUAAAGAAAGGGGGAGCACGCCCCACCCCCGGACCGGAGCUGGUGCUGGACCUCCGAUGUACGUUCUGCAAGGUCUAUGAAGAGUUCUUCCCCGUUCUCCCUCCGGUAAUCCUGAAGCCCCGGUCGUAGACGGAAGUGGGAGAGAGCAAUGGCAGGAAAGGAGCCUCUGCUGGGCACGCUGAAAGCUUGUGUCCUGGGAUUGCAGACGGUCCAUCCAGAUACCAUCACAGAUGACUCUCCGCAUGUGACCCCGCUAUGUGAUACCAUAGAGAUGAUCCUGCGUAAAGGGCUGAAGAGUGGAGUGCUGGGGUUGAAGAAAAGAGAUUACUGGCAUUGGAUUGAGGAGCUUCCACAACUUGAUACCUGUGGCAGGGUCCCUCAUAUUUCUGUCAUGAUAGAAAAGACUCUGGUCUGUCCCAAGGUGUUAACCCCACAGGGGCGAGGACGAUACUUUCUACGCAUGGCCCUCUGUAAAAAAACGUUAGCAGCCACAAUCCAACAUUUGCAGCACACACAGAAAUUACUUGAGUGGUACGAUCCUAUAUUCUCUGUACUGGGGAAUGAAGAACAUAUGGAGCCCUUCCUGUCUUUGCUGUUGGUGAUCUCACAGAGUACUUUUGAUCUAGACCUGCAGAAUUCCAGUUUCCUGGAUGAGAGCUGGCUCCUGCCUGUGUGUGCCACGUAUCAGACUGUGCCAUGUCGAGAGCUGGGGAUGGUACUGAGAUAUCUGGAGGGCCGCGUCUUUGUGGUAGAGGUGCUGCCGGAUAGCCAAACUGAAGUAGAUGAGGUGGUUCUGGCAGGAGAUGUCAUUGAUGAAAUAAAUGGCGUAUCACUAAGAAAUGCAUAUAAUGGACAGGCAGGCACUGUACUAAGUAAGUUGAAGGGGGAGCCACUCAUGUUCCGAAUGAUCCGCUGGCGGUGGAAAGAUGGGGAGGUGUUCCGUCCCCUCAUGCCGUACAUCAGAGGGGUCAAAGAAAGGGUUCCUGACUUCCAACUACAGCAGUGCCCCCGAAGACUAGAGAAGAGCCAGGAGUGUCCACAGCAGGAUGGAAGGCUCCUGUAUUCUGCAAAGUAUCUGGGACAAGCUGAUGUUGGAAUGUUUGGAGGCAAGGAAAUUCUAGAUGUUGGCAUCACCAAGGUGCAGAAGCAGAACUGUCUUCCCAGGGAUGUAUUGCUUGACAUCAAGGAGACAGAAGUGGCCGUAAAGGACAAGGAAUCUUCAGAGGUCCUGUUUCACUACUUGUACCCAGAGAUUUCCAGCGUGGGGCGAAGGCUGGAUAACAGGAAGGUCUUUGCAUUAUGUGCUGUUGAGAAAGACGGGGACUGCGACAUGAAUUCUUUUAACUGCUUCGUGUUUGAAGUCUCUAACCACAAGGAGUGUGAAGAGCUCAUAAAGCGCAUCGCAACAGGCUUCAAGCAUACAGAAUGGUUUGUGUGACCAAGAAGUGGAUGAUCUCUAGAAUAUGCUACAAAAAACAACUGAACUUUGUACUAAAGAAUUCUACAAUAAAGAAUUUAUUUUUUUUAACUGCUGUUAUUUAAAUAAGGAAUCAGGAUGAAUGAAAACAUUUAAUUUAAAAUACUGACACUACAAUAUAAAAUAGCUCUCAUAAAUGCACAUUGUGUCCGUAGCUGCCUUGUUAACACAUCAGUCUGCACUGUACAAAGCACCAGGUCACCUCAUGUUGGACAAGCUGCAGUGACCACCCAAGUCUGAGUUACAAUGAGUGGAGAAGGAACGAAACAAUGACUAACAGUCUCACGGUUACUCUAGGCAGGAACACUUACUGACCCUGUAUAUUAGCCUGGUGCAGAAGAUACAAGGCGUUACCAAGCAUGAAGACCUCUCCCCAUCAGCACACAGGCCGGAGAAUCCCUUACUGACUGCUUAUUGCAUUGGCUGCAGAGCAUAGUGGAACAGGACCAAGGUCAUGCAGAAGCACCCGCUGCCCAGCAUCAGUCUAUACCCGGGACAGCCAGAAUCAGAAGCAUUUACCCUGAGUGGCAGAUGGAAUGGU